AUGUUCAGGAACUGCGGAUUGAAAGGGACAUGGUCCAGCCGUUCGGGUCACAUCUUGACCUCCGAUGUUCCAAAACUUGUAGAACAAUCUUCUGAGUAG